CUUGGCCUGUGAUCGAUGCCCGGGCCCUUUCGUCGCUCCCUUUCCACAGCGGAACGACGCAAAGCAGGCGCCCGCCCAGCAGUCGUUUCACGAACCCGCAGUAAUUGCAGAAAAGUUCGAGGGUCUCGCCCAGGAAAGAAUGUGCAGUUAACCGAGAAUGAAAUUCGUGGACUAUGCCUCAAGUCCAGAGAAAUCUUCCUCUCACAACCAAUCCUUCUGGAAUUGGAAGCUCCUCUCAAAAUUUGUGGUGACAUCCACGGACAGUACUACGAUUUGCUUCGACUGUUUGAAUACGGCGGCUUCCCCCCAGAGUCCAACUACUUGUUUUUAAACCAUAUGUCUCCUCUUGGCCUACAAGAUCAAAUAUCCAGAAAAUUUCUUCCUUCUCAGAGGCAACCAUGAGUGUGCAUCCAUCAACAGAAUCUAUGGUUUCUACGACGAAUGCAAGCGGCGGUAUAACAUCAAACUGUGGAAGACCUUCACAGACUGUUUCAAUUGCUUACCUGUCGCGGCCAUUGUGGAUGAAAAGAUCUUCUGCUGCCAUGGAGGCUUGAGCCCCGACCUCCAGAGCAUGGAACAGAUCCGUCGCAUUAUGAGGCCUACCGACGUGCCAGACCAGGGCUUAUUGUGCGAUCUUUUGUGGUCAGAUCCAGACAAGGACACAAUGGGCUGGGAAAAUGAUAGAGGUGUAUCCUUCACUUUUGGGGCAGAAGUAGUUGCUAAGUUCCUCCACAAGCAUGACUUUGACCUCAUCUGUCGAGCUCAUCAGGUUGUUGAAGAUGGUUACGAGUUCUUUGCCAAGCGACAACUAGUAACAUUAUUCUCAGCACCCAACUACUGUGGGGAAUUUGACAAUGCAGGUGCAAUGAUGUCUGUAGAUGAGACGCUUAUGUGUUCCUUCCAGAUACUUAAGCCAGCAGAUAAAAAGAAGUUCCCCUAUGGAGGAUUGAACACAGGGCGACCCGUAACGCCGCCGCGAGGAGCAGCCAAUCAGAAAAACAAGAAGAAAUAAAAACUAGUGUUGGUGUCACUGUCUUGGUGUUGGCAAGUCUGAGGUUGGCCUUUGUUCAUCCUUGCCUUAAGUUUUGUGGAUUGCUAUCAGGGGAUGUGACUUCAAAAAGAAAGAAAUAUUGAUUUAACUGGGUUAUUUAUAAUUAACAUAUUUUAAUCCUGGAUGAACAAGGGUAAUUAGACAUUGCAACCCAGGACAUAAAUCUGUUAAUGAAAUAAUUUUAUGGAAUUUCAGUUGCUAGAUUAUCCAUGAUAGUUAUAUUUAUUGGUACAUUGGCCCAGGUUCCCUCAGUAAAGUUAUUUUUCUAUUUUGAACCUUCAUUUUUGUUUUAUUCAUUUAUAAUUAUUAAUUACUGUAUUUUUUAGGGCAAAGUCAAACUUUGUUUUAUCCGAAAUAGGUUUUAUCAGCAGUAUUAAUGCUAAAAGGUUUGUCUAUUGGUUCCAAAUUUUCUAGAAAAGAAUUGGCUUGCAACUGUGAUUAUCGGAAAAUUUGUUCAACUUCAGUUUAUAUCUUGGAAGAUAAGUUUGACUUGUAUUAUAUAUAUAUAUUUCAGUGUGUAAAUAGCCAUGGUAUUUAACCGCAUAUAAGCAUUUACCAUUGUUCUUGUAUAAACUUUAGGGCCCAAAGAAGACUCGAGUAAAGCAGCGAGGGAUGAUAGUUAGAGAAGCUGCUGGUUAGGUUCAUGUACAAAUGUCCAGUUGCCGUAGUAGCAGGAGCAUCUGGCUUUUGCUAUCGCUUGUAUAGUCAGAACAAGAGCGCACUGGUGGUGGUAUGUCGAGAGCCCAACCCCUACCCAAAACCUUUCGAGAGAGAAAGAAAUGACUCUCUUUCCCACACCCGAGGACUUGCAUCAUACAUCCACCAGGUAAACCAGGUAUUGGCUAAUAUACCCAUGCUAGAUUUGUGGAGUUUGGGCAUGGUGUGAAAAGUCCCUUAAUGUGCAAAAGUAAAAUACAUGUACCAAAGCAGAUGUAAAUUGUGGUUGUUAAUUCAAUAAAAGCGUUCAUCUCGGUAAU